GGCCGCACUGAUUAUCAAGGGAAAAGAGGCAGUGGAGUUUUCAUCGAACGUCACUGGGCGAGGAAGGACUGCUUUUAAUUAUUUUUUUAGGCAGAAAGAAAAUGGGAUGUAAAUGCGUCAUUCUUUGACACGGUCGUGAAUUGCAAGGAUUUUCUUCCGAGGUGGUUCUUUGCCGUAAGAGAAAAUAAUUAUUCUUUCUUGGAGUCCAGGGAAUUAUUGAGUUGCAUUUGUAUCCAAGCUCGAGCUGCUUUCCCCUUAAGAAGUCCUCCUUAGUGUCAGCGCACAGGUUUUUUUGUUUAAUAUUCCACUGAGAAAGUGAAGUCUUGAUGCGGUCAUUCGUUCAGCCCAGCGAAGGACGUGCGAGCGCUAGGUGCUGCUAAUGGGAACUCCUGCUUCGCCAUGAGUGCUCGUGAUGGCGGCGGCGGAAUUGGCGGCGUGGGUACCCUUGGCAGGAGGCGCCGCUUCGAGGACUCGGAGUUCACCGUGCGCAUCUACCCUGGCACCUUGGCGGAGGGCACCAUCUACUGCCCUGUCAGCGCCCGCAAGACUACCACAGCAGCCGAGGCCAUCGAGCGUGUCAUUGAGCGUCUACGCCUGGACCGCACCAAAUGUUAUGUGCUCGCCGAGGUGAAAGAAUUUGGUGGCGAGGAAUGGAUCCUCAACCCUACCGACUGCCCCGUCCAGCGCAUGAUGCUCUGGCCCCGCGUAGCGCUGGAGCAACGCUCCUUUUCGGGCGGUGAGGACUAUCGCUUCCUGUUACGCCAGAAGAACCUGGACGGCUCCAUCCACUACGGCGGUAGUCUCCAGAUGUGGCUGCGGGUGACAGAGGAGCGCCGCUGCAUGGUGGAGCGUGGCCUGCUACCCCAACCGGAACCGCAAGGCGACCAUGCGGACUUGUGCCGCCUGCCGGAGCUCAACGAGCGUUCGCUGCUGGACAACCUGCGCUCGCGCUUUCGCCAGGAGAAGAUCUACACCUAUGUGGGGAGCAUCCUCAUCGUCAUUAACCCUUUCCAGUUCCUGCCCAUCUACAAUCCUAAAUAUGUCAAGAUGUACGACAACCAUGCACUGGGAGAGAUGGAACCACACAUUUACGCGGUGGCGGACGUAGCAUACCACGCUAUGCUUCAGAGACGAAGCAACCAGUGUAUCGUAAUAUCAGGCGAAAGUGGGUCUGGAAAGACCCAGAGCACCAACUUCCUGAUUCAUCACCUGACCGCCCUUAGCCAGAAAGGAUUUGCUAGCGGUGUGGAGCAGAUCAUUCUCGGAGCAGGACCUGUUCUGGAGGCAUUUGGGAACGCAAAGACCGCCCACAACAACAAUUCAAGUCGUUUUGGCAAGUUCAUUCAGGUCAACUACCAGGAGAGUGGCACAGUGCGAGGAGCUUACGUGGAGAAGUAUCUUCUAGAGAAGUCCAGGCUGGUUUACCAGGAGCACAAUGAACGAAACUACCAUGUGUUUUACUACCUGCUGGCAGGAGCAAGUGAGGAGGAAAGGACGGCAUUUCACCUCAAGAAGCCUGAAGAAUACCAUUACCUCAAUCAGAUGACAAAGAAAGUCCACAGACUGCACUGGGAAAAUUACGAUGAGAGCGAACCGGACUGCUUUACAGUGGAAGGGGAGGACCUGAAGCAUGACUUUGAGAGACUACAGCUGGCCAUGGAGAUGGUGGGCUUCCUGCCUGCCACACGAAAACAGAUAUUUUCCCUGCUCUCUGCCAUCCUCCACCUGGGAAACAUCCGCUACAAGAAGAAAACCUACAGGGACGACUCCAUUGACAUCUGCAACCCUGAAGUUCUGCCCAUAGUCUCGGAACUGCUGGAGGUCAAGGAGGAGAUGCUUUUUGAAGCUCUGACGACUCGAAAGACUGUGACGGUGGGCGAGAGACUGAUCGUGCCCUACAAACUGGCAGAGGCGGGGACUGUUCGUGACUCAAUGUCCAAGUCUCUGUACAGCGCCCUCUUUGACUGGAUAGUGUUUCGAAUAAACCAUGCGCUGCUCAACAACAGGGACCUGGAGGACACAGCUAAGAUCUUAUCUAUUGGAGUAUUGGACAUUUUUGGCUUUGAAGACUAUGAGAACAACAGCUUUGAGCAGUUUUGCAUCAAUUUCGCCAACGAGAGGCUGCAGCAUUAUUUCAACCAGCACAUCUUCAAACUGGAGCAGGAGGAGUACAGGUCAGAGGGCAUCAGCUGGCACAACAUCGACUACAUCGACAACACCGGCUGCAUCAACCUGAUCAGCAAGAAGCCCACAGCACUGCUCCACCUACUGGACGAGGAGUGCAACUUUCCCCAGGCCACCAACCAGACUCUGCUGGACAAGUUCAGACGGCAGCAUGAGGGAAACAGCUACAUUGAGUUUCCUGCUGUCAUGGAGCCCGCCUUCAUCAUCCGCCACUAUGCUGGCAAGGUCAAAUACGGGGUCAAGGACUUCAGGGAGAAGAACACAGACCACAUGCGGCCUGACAUCGUGGCCCUACUCAAGAGCAGCAAAAAUGCUUUCAUCUGUGGCUUAAUCGGCAUCGACCCGCCGGCCACCUUCCGCUGGGCCGUGCUGAGGGCCUACUUUCGAGCCAUGGUGGCCUUCCGAGAGGCCGGCAAAAGACACACUCAGAGGAAGAGUGGGCAUGAUGCCGCUGCUCCCUGCGCAGCUUUGAACAGUGUGGAUAGUUUUAGCUUUCUGCAUCACCCUGUGCAUCAGAGAAGCUUAGAGAUCCUGCAGCGGUGCAAAGAGGAGAAGCACAGUGUGGCCCGGAAGAACCCACGCACACCCCUGUCAGACCUGCAGGGUAGCAACAUGCUCAACGAGAAAGCGCCACGGGAGUCUCCAUCCCUGGGCUGGAACGGACGUGGCGGGAGGCAGAGCCACCUCUCCUGCUCCAGCUCAAACGCUGGGGAGGACGGCGGCAUCUUCGUCAACUCCACUUCCAGCAAGCUUCUGGAGAGGGCCCACGGCAUUCUCAUGAGGAACAAAAACUACAAGUUAAAGCCCACUCUUCCAAAGCACCUGCUGGAUGUCAAGUCCCUCAAAUACCUCAGCAACCUGACGCUCCACGACCGCAUUACCAAGUCCCUCCUCCACCUCCACAAGAAGAAGAAGCCGCCCAGUAUCAGCGCCCAGUUUCAGGCCUCGCUGAAUAAGCUGAUGGAGACUUUGGGCCAAUCAGAGCCAUACUUUGUCAAAUGCAUCCGCUCCAAUGCUGAGAAGCUGCCUUUGCGUUUCAAUGACAGUUUGGUCCUGAGGCAGCUACGCUACACUGGAAUGCUGGAGACUGUGCGCAUCCGGCAGUCAGGCUACAGCAUCAAAUACACCUUUGAGGACUUUGUGCGCCACUUUCGUGUGUUGCUCCCCGAGGGCACCAGUGCAAGCCAAGAAGGCAUCAGACACUACCUGCGCCAGGCCGACCUUGCACCUGAUGGCUUCCAGGUUGGCAGAUCAAUGGUGUUCCUACGAGGGGCGGACCGCCAGCGGCUGCAGGCCCGGCUCCACGAGGAAGUGCUCCGGCACAUCGUGACCCUGCAGCGGCGCUUCCGUGCACGGCUGGAGAGGAAGAACUUUGUCAGGAUGAGACACGCAGCCGUGCAGAUCCAGCAAUGGUGGCGCAACAACCAGUCCAAGGACGAGGAGGAAGAGGACGAGGAGGACUACGACCCUGCCGUCCAGGAGGGGGCAGCCUUGUGCCUGCAGACGGCCUGGCGGGGCUUCAGGGAGCGCCGCAGGCUGGGGCUGUGGCGCGGGGCGGCCCUGCUGCUGCAGAGGGAGUGGAGGCGGUGGCUGUGGAGGCGGAUGGCGGCAGCGCUGGUAAUCCAGAUGGCCUGGCGCCGUCACCGGGCCAAGGAGGCCUACCUCAAGCUGCGUGGUGCGGUGGCACUGCUGCAGGUGGCGAGCAGAGGCUACUUGGCCAGACAGAGCUUCAGGGAGCUCAAGGAACAGAAGCAGAAGGAAAGACUCCUUCUGCAGCAGGAGGAGCAGCUGCAGAAUGGCCAGACGAGCCUUUCGCCCGAAAGAGAAGAAGAGGAAGACGAAGAGCCAACGAGCAUCAUGGGUCUGGACCUGAGCACGUGGGAGGAUCGCUCGUACGAGGAGCGGGAGAGAAGCCUUCAGAAGCUCAGUGCACAGGAAGGGCCAGUCGAGGACAAACAACAGGACGAAGCAGCAGGAACGAGAAGAGCAGGAGCAGGAGGGGAGACCAGGUCUUCUGAGAGCUCGUCAAGAGCACAUUCAGAACCGCCGGGGUCCACCACGACUCCUCCAGUGGUGGUCCGUGAGAGGACCAGAACGCUGGAUGAGCCUAGCCAGAAGACAACACGGGCCAAGAGGGAGAGCAGGCGGAUGAGGGAGCUGGAGCAGGCCAAGUUCAGCCUGGAGCUCCUCAAGGUGCGGGCCACCAGUGGGGGGGCCUCAUCACCCUCCGAUGAGAGGCGCUGGUCGGCUGAACUGGUUCCCCCCACCACCCCUCCUCUGCGCUCCCCCCAGGGCACCCCCGACAGUCAAAGCUCCAAGGGCAGCUUUGAGCUGCUCAGCAUGGAUGAGGAGCCACCUAAGGAGAAGCCAGAGGUGAUGGAUGCAGAGGAGCCAGGCACCCUUUUCCCCACCGUGCUGGCUCAAGAGAUGGAGCUCCCAGCAGAGGUCUUCUCAACCUUCCCCAAAAUGGUUGAUGAGCCGUCCAGGGCUUCCGUUCCAGAGGUCAUUCCCCCUCCAGACAGUCAGGCCAGGCCUGCCUUUGCUGACCCCAGUCCCACCCCUCCGCCAAAAAUCGAGAACUACCUCCCGAUCUUUUACGUCCCAGUCCAUGAAGGCAUCUCGGUCACCGCUUGCCCUCCUGGUGAAGAACUUUCGCAACCUCUAAACCCCCCCACCUCCACUACCACCACCGCCGUUCUUACCAAGCCACCCAAAGAAAGGCGGGAGUCAUCCCGGCGGCCAGUGGUGGUUGUCAUUAGCAUGCAGAAGGAAACUCCACUCAGUGAGGACCUCCUGGGCAUGGUCCGUCCCCCCGUGGAACUCCGAGAUGAGGCGGCGCAAACAGGAGAGUUGACUCCAUCGCCUCAGCAGCCUGGUCCCGUUCCACCACCGCAAGACCCCCUCUUAGUCCCUGCCCCUGCGCCUGUCCCCACCGCAGUCCCUGCCGCCAACCAGGCCGUGUUGGAGAAACUAGAGAGACUGAACGAGGAGAAGGAGGAGAGGCAGCGGCACCAGCAGCAGCAGAACGAGAGAGAAAUGAUGGAGCAGAUCAGGAAGCAGAAAGAGGAGCUGGAGAGGCAACGACGUUACUUUGCCCAGUACGAGAAGGACAUGCUUGAGAAGCAGAGAGGAGAAGCCUUGCAAAGAAUACAGCAGAGCAGGCAAGGAGGAACAAUCCCCGGGUACGAUGUAUCUGGGCCAGGUUCCAGGUCUGGGUCUGGAGCUGGUUCCGCCAGCAGGCCCCUCAGGCCCAGCUCCCUACUGAUUGAGAGAGCCCCUUCUCUGGGUCCAUCUUCCAGGACCCAGUCUGUGUCUGAAGCUCCCUCUGAGGGCUCUUCUGCUAGGGGCAACAUUCAGACUGCUGGUGCCCAGGCUCGACUCCCUCCCCCUCCCACCUCAGGCAGAGAGAAGAGGCCUGGUCCCGAGGGCUGGGCACCCAGGCUCAUCCUGGAGUCCAGAGACAGUGCGGGAGGAGAAGCAGGGGCCAGGGAGAGAGUCCCCAAGAAGGCUCCCACCAAUCAGGUUGUGUCUGCCAGUAUGACUGACAGGUCUGGGAAAAUCUUCUUUUCCCCAAAAGACAAGGUGUCGUUUUCAAAGUUUGACAAGGACACCGCUGACCAAGAGAGGCCUGCUACCGCCCCAAAGGAUGGGCCCCCCUCAAGCUCCAAGCCCUCCAAGACACUUAAAACACGGGAGGUCGGCAGGGCUGGCUACAAAAAGAAAGCCCGCAUGGCGCGGACACGCUCCGACUUCCUUACCCGCGCCCCCAUCCUCUCUGUAGGGGGCGAGUCCGAGGAAGAUGACGGCGACAACACUCCUCUCUCCCCUCGUCAUUACACCCUUCCCCUCCCCAAACAAGUGUCUCCCCAUUCGGUCUUGGGUGAAUCGUGUUUCAGUGACUCAGAAAUGCCAUCAGUGGGUUCCGAGGAGAAGAAAAAGAUGCAGAAAGCCAUGUCGUCCGGGGAUCUGGGCAAAGUGGACUUGAUGCCGAAGAACUCUCAAACAGAUGGAAGGGUUCGGGGUAAGAUGCGUUUCUGGGGGAAGACCAAGCAGGGGGAGAAGAAGCCAUCCAGAGAAAAGCUAAUCUGUGGUGCAGACUCCAUGGAUGGUGACUACGGCGACACAGGUCCCCUACUGGGCGAGGGACAAGAGCACAUGUCGCCCCCUCGCAGUCCUGACUUGACACUGGAGCGUGCGGGGCGGGAGUUCAAGGAGAACAAGGAGCCCUCGCCCAAGGUGAAGCGGCGGCGCAGCGUGAAGAUCAGCAACGUGGCUCUGGAGCCUGCCCAGUGGCAGAACGACUCGCUACAGAUCCUGACCUGUGCCAACGACUACAAGAGCAUGAAUGACUUCUUAAUGAAAAAGAUCAAUGACUUGGACACGGAGGACAGUAAGAAAGAUACCAUGGUGGACGUAGUCUUCAAGAAGGCCCUGAAGGAGUUUCGCCUCAACAUUUUCAACUCCUACUCCACGGCUCUGGCGAUGGAUGAUGGGAAGAGUAUCCGCUACAAGGACCUGUACGCUCUGUUUGAGCACAUCCUGGAGAAGACCAUGCGCCAAGAGCAGAGAGACUGGAGGGAGUCUCCAGUUAAGGUGUGGGUCAACACCUUUAAAGUCUUCCUGGAUGAGUUCAUGACAGAGUACAAGCCUCUGGAUCCCAUCCUCAGCAAGGUUCCCAAAACGGAACGCAAAAAGAGGAGGAAAAAGGACAUGGACAUUGUAGAAGAGCACAAUGGCCACAUCUUCAAGUCCACCCAGUACAGCAUACCCACCUACUGCGAGUAUUGCUCCUCCCUUAUCUGGAUGAUGGACCGAGCCUGUGUCUGCAAACUGUGCAGGUAUGCUUGCCACAGAAAGUGCUGCUUGAAGAUGACGACCAAAUGCAGUAAAAAGUACGAUCCGGAGCUCUCCUCCAGGCAGUUUGGAGUUGAGGUUUCACGUCUAACCAAUGACGAGCGGACGGUGCCCCUUGUGGUUGAAAAGCUCAUCAAUUACAUUGAGAUGCAUGGCCUCUACACCGAAGGAAUCUACCGGAAGUCUGGCUCCACAAAUAAGAUCAAGGAGCUCAAGCAGGGUCUAGACACAGAUGUGGACAGCAUGAAUCUUGAUGACUAUAAUAUCCACGUCAUUGGGAGCGUCUUCAAACAGUGGUUACGGGACCUGCCGAACCCCCUCAUGACCUUUGAACUUUACGAGGAAUUUCUCCGUGCCAUGUGUUUGCAAGACAAAAAGGAGGUGAUCCGAGGAGUGUACUCCAUCAUCGACCAACUGAGCAGAACUCACCUAAAUACCCUGGAGCGCCUCAUAUUUCACCUGGUCAGGAUUGCCUUACAGGAGGAAACCAACCGUAUGUCAGCCAACGCGUUGGCCAUCGUUUUUGCCCCCUGCAUCCUACGGUGUCCAGACACCAUUGACCCACUACAGAGCGUCCAGGACAUUGGGAAGACAACAGCGUGUGUGGAGCUUAUCAUUGUGGAACAGAUGAACAAAUACAGGGCCAGACUAAAAGACAUCAACAGCUUGGAAUUUGCAGAGAAUAAAGCAAAGUGCAGACUGACCCUCAUACGAAGAUCAAUGAAACCUGUAAUGAUAGCUGUUAGAUUUAUGAGCAUAGCCCGCAGUGCGGUACCGGGCAAGGGCCACAUGAGGCGACUGAGUUAUCACACACCCUCACCACCAGUGAGCCCCCGGUUGCCGCCGGUAACUGAUGCAGGGAUGGAGGACAACACGGGCGAGGAGGGGGCGGGGCUGGAGCCCGAGGUGUCGGAGCACCAGCAGGCAGUCAUGCAGCAUGAGGAGAGAGUGCUGACAGAGCAGAUAGAGAGGCUGGAGAAAGAGAAAGAGGAGCUGACCUUCGAGAUGCUGAGCCUGGAGCCACGAGCAUCCGACGAUGAGACCCUGGAGUCGGAGGCCUCCAUCGGAACGGCAGACAGCUCUGAGAACGUCAACUUGGAUUCUGAGGGAGGCACCUCUGACUUCUCUGAGAGAGGCCCAGCGCAAGCCACCACCCGGCCCAAGAAGUCUGAAGGAAAGAGCCAGCGUCGGCGGGCCCUCCACAGGCAGCCUGACUCCCUGGACUCGGUGGACUCCUGCUCCACAGUCUCCUCUCUGUCAUCUUCCUCACACCUCCACCCCUCUUCCUCAUCGUCCUCCACCACCGCCCGCCGCUUCCGAUUCCGCUCCAAGUCACCCUCCUCUGGCUCCAGCUCUGCCCAGGGGCCAUGCCUGGCCCAGUGUCCUCGCCAUGACAGCCUUGACUUUGCCCCCACGUCGCUUGAUCAGGAAGGUCUAUAUGAGGAGAGGCCCCAGUUUACCAGCCGAGGCACCUUCAACCCAGAGAAGGGUAAACAGAAACUCAAGGGGGCAAAGCCAUCGACCUUGCGACACUCCAGAGACGGUGGGGGCCACAGUAGGGACCCUCCAGAUAUACCACAGCAGCUGGUCUUAUACGGCAGCAAUGAGUUCAUGGUAUGAAGGACACCAAAGCACUUCCUGCCCAACCCCCUAGCUGAUAACCACGCCCACUGAGGGGCAGGCAGUCGCCCCUUGCUCCUCCUCAAGCACUACAGCUUAGCCUUUUCCCCCAUCAGAGUCCACAAAGAGCAGAAAACUGUCCAGAAGUGCCAUGCAUCGAGUGUUCACCUCCAGAGAGGAUUGGUAGUUGCAGUGGGCCCAGGGGAAGAGAUCACUCACUGUGGUCUCAACUACCCCCCACACCCCAUGGUCCCUCUGUAGGUCUGGGCCUCCGAGCCGAUGAGAGACAGAUGGAGCAGGAAAGCAGAGAAAAGGGAAUGGGGUAGCUGGAAGUCCUUUCUGCGUGUAGGAGUUCUCCUCUCGCUGGGAUCCCCGAAGCAGAAAAGAGGAGGUGGAGUUAGACGGAUGAAAGCGGAUGACUGUGCCAUCAACAGCAUGGUAUUAAUGAACUUGAUAAGCUCCCAAUCAUUGGCUGCUUUAAAGUUUACAGUUCAAUUACAAUCAGUGUAAGCAGUGAUUGCUCUUAUUAUUACAAAUGUAUUUUUCCCUUAAGCCUAUUUAAUAAAUUUUAAUUUCAUGAAAAAUAUAAAUCUAUAUAACUAUUAUACAAGUAUAAAUACUGUAAAAAGCCUGAACACCAGUAACUGCUGGGUAGUUGAAGUCAAAUAUUUAUCUUUUGCUUGAGUAUUGAUUUAUGGAUUUGGGGUGUUUGUGUGUGUGUGUGCUUGUGAGUGAGUGAGAGAAAAAGAGAGAGAAAAACCACUUCAUGUGUUUUAAGUUUGUGCUGCUUUUCCUCUUGCAAGGAAUAUACCGCCAUCAAAGGGACCAAGUAAGCUGGUGCGUGUUCCAGCUAAGGGGAUCCUAGCUCGGUAAAAAUGUUGGAUGUGCAUACAAUCACUGCAUUCACUGCUUAACAGCCAUACAAUAAUUGUGUUGUACAGGAUAAUGUACCCCACCCCCCUUCUCUCCCCCAUUCUCCAAAUUCUGGUCUUUCAGUGUUGGCUGUCAAUAGCAACCAUACCAUACCAUACAUGAAGUUGUAUUGUAUGUCAUUAUUUGUGUUAUUGCAAUUUGUUGACCUUUAUGGUUAUUUUUGUCACUUAAAAUGUGUUUUCUAUAGAGAGAGCAGUCUAUUGGAAUAAUGACAGAUGGUGCCAUAAAGUUUAAACGUUCAAACAUUA